UUGUAAAUAAGAAUUUCUUGUUAACUGAUUUGCCUAGUUGAAUAGGGCACACGCAAUAAGUGCGUUUCUGCAUCUCACCUGUAGAACGGGACAUCUACAUUUACUGGUCGUAAACUAGGUCGAAAAAAUAUAUAUAGGCAUAAGGUUAGCAGUGUGGUUAAGGUAAAACAUCUAAUUUUAUUAGAAAUAGAAUUGGGCGGGGUUUACUACUUUGUGGCUGUGGUAACAACCAAGUGGAUCCAGUUCACAAUUAUCGAUCAACAGCUUUUAUUUUAGUCGACUACUGUAAAGUUUAGUCAUGGUGUGGUGCUCAGUACCUGGAUGUGCGAACUACAAGCAAGCACAGGCUGCUGGGGUAACGUUUCAUCGGUUACCUGUCAGAGAUAUUACUCGUAGUCGACAGUGGCUGGCGGCAAUAAAGAACGCAGCCUAUGAUGUGAAUACUGCACUGGAUAAAUAUCCAAAUGUCCGUGUUUGUAGCCAGCACUUUCAGCCAGAGCAUUUCGAAACGGACCUGAAGUCUCAACUGAUGGGGUUGCCAGGUCGUCGCACGUUGAAAAGUGAAGCUAUUCCAUCGAUUUUCCCCUUCAUUUCAAAGAGGAAGGCAUCCGAUCAGCCAACAUCAGCGCAGCAGAAAAGAAGUCGAGCUGAGUAUCUGAAGAGUAUUGAAGCUCUCAUCACCCCAGAGGUGGCUCCAAUAUUGCCUGGAAGGAAGAACAAAGGUGUUCUGACCCGUCCCCGUGUCCAGGAUUCUGGAACCAGCAUUGACAUUACACCUGAGAGUGCAGAUGUGUGUGUGAACAGAGUCUGUCUGAUGCAGCUCUUCCUGCUCUGCGAGAGGUGUGGCUGCGACUGUGAUGCCAGGAUCCAGGAUGAACUGGGUUGCUUCUCUGUCGUUCAGACGUGCCCGUUCUGCAGUCACCACAGGAAAUGGAUGAGCCAGCCCUCUUUUGCCCAGGAAACCUGUGGAUUGAAUGAAGAGGCGGUUGGAGGGACAUUGUCCCAGCCAUGUGAAGAUAGAGACCCAGACCUAGAGAACAUUUGCUUGACUAUGGAAAUCACUGAGGAGUUGUGUGAACAUGAUUCUCGGUCCUCGGACGAGGAGAGUGAGGAGGACGAAAAGCCCAAGAAACGGAAUAAGCAGGAGAGAUCAGAUGAGACCGAGUGGGAGCCGUCUGAUGAGGAAGACAUUGUAAUGGACUCUGGUUCUUCUGAGGAUUUGGAAACGGCAGGUUCCUCUGGUCUAACAGAAAAGGCCGACGUUGAUAAUUCUCAGAGCGGAAUAGAGAAAGAAGAGAGACUUGUGGAGUGGUGUACUGACUGUGGAGCCGAGCCCGUACUCGCCUGCACCACACAGCGCCAUAAGAAACUGUACGCCUGUGGUGUGUGUGUGAGUGAGGUCCAACAAGCUGUUGGAUUUGACCGAUUCUACAUGCAGUUCGAGGACCCGGACAGCUUCGAGGAACAUGUACGACGGGAACACAACACACAACCUCAUAGGUUGCUCUGUACAGACUGUGGCAUCUUUCCUCACAAGAAGGACCAUCGGUGUGAGCACAAGAUCAAGAAAUUCCGCUGUGUAGACUGUGGUAAGCGCUGUAGGACUGAAACGGGUAUCAAGAUUCACAGGCACCUCCACCACCCUGACCAUGUUUUCCCCUGUAAGUUCUGCCUGCAGCCAUUCAAAACCAGGUCAGACAAACUGACACACGAGGAGAGCCAUCAGGAUGAGAACUCUCCCUACCAGUGCUCAGAAUGCUCCGAAAAAUUUAAUGACCUAAUGGCAAGGAACAGCCACCUACGAACCCACAGCAACCUGAAUAGAAACAUCUGCCACACUUGUUACAAAGAAUUUUCUAACAAAAACCAUCUGGAGAGGCAUGUGAUUAUUCACACAAGGCAGAAGCCCCACAUGUGCCAGGUCUGCCAACAGUCCUUCAACCAAGCGAGCCACCUCAAGUCCCACAUGCGCCUCCACACAGGGGAGAGGCCCUUCAAGUGCCAGCUGUGUGAGAAGUGCUUCAAUCACAAUGUCAGUCUGAAGAACCACAUCCAACGCUAUCAUGGCCCUGAGGAGAGUAACACAGGCUGAGGAAGAGGAGAGUAACACAGGCUGAGGAAGAGGAGAGUAACACAGGCUGAGGAAGAGGAGAGUAACACAGGCUGAGGAAGAGGAGAGUAACACAGGCUGAGGAAGAGGAGAGUAACACAGGCUGAGGAAGAGGAGAGUAACACAGGCUGAGGAAGAGGAGAGUAACACAGGCUGAGGAAGAGGAGAGUAACACAGGCUGAGGAAGAGGAGAGUAACACAGGCUGAGGAAGAGGAGAGUAACACAGGCUGAGGGAGAGGAGAGUAACACAGGCUGAGGGAGAGGAGAGUAACACAGGCUGAGGGAGAGGAGAGUAACACAGGCUGAGGGAGAGGAGAGUAACACAGGCUGAGGGAGAGGAGAGUAACACAGGCUGAGGGAGAGGAGAGUAACACAGGCUGAGGGAGAGGAGAGUAACACAGGCUGAGGGAGAGGAGAGUAACACAGGCUGAGGGAGAGGAGAGUAACACAAGCUGAGGAAGAGGAGACUUCCACAAGCUGAGGGAGAGGAGAGUAACACAGGCUGAGGGAGGGGAGAGUAACACAGGCUGAGGGAGAGGAGAGUAACACAGGCUGAGGGAGAGGAGGCUACCACAAGCUGAGGGAGAGGAGGCUACCACAAGCUGAGGGAGAGGAGGCUACCACAAGCUGAGGGAGAGGAGGCUACCACAAGCUGAGGGAGAGGAGAAUAACACAAGCUGAGGGAGAGGAGUCUCCCACAGGCUGAGGGAGAGGAGGCUCCCACAGGCUGAGGGAGAGGAGGCUCCCACAGGCUGAGGGAGAGGAGGCUCCCACAGGCUGAGGGAGAGGAGGAGGAGUCAAUCACCACCUUCCGGAGACACCUGAAACCCCACCUCUUUAAGGAAUACCUAGGAUAGGAUAAAGUAAUCCUUCUGAUCCCCUCCCCCUUAAAAGAUUUAGAUGCACUAUUGUAAAGUGGCUGUUCCACUGGAUGUCAUAAGGUGAAUGCACCAAUUUGUAAGUCGCUCUGGAUAAGAGCGUCUGCUAAAUGACUUAAAUGUAAUGUAAAUGAGGAGGUAAGGUGAGGCCCAGAGGGACAUCUAGAACUGCUGGAGAAAGAAAUGUAGCUCUAGAAGACUUACAUUGAUCACACCAUUGUUGUGUUCAUAGGGCAUACCGUAGCAAAACAUUUUUCAACAGGAAAUAAAAAUGAGCUAUUUACUACUACUUUAACCAGUACUUAGUUUGUGUUGAUGUUAUAUAACAUGCAUUGAUGACUUUCUACAUAUUUGAAUCAUUUGGAAUUCCAGUUGUUUUAAUAGUUGUUGAAAUAUCAUAUUAGAAAAUAGUUUUCUUAUAUUUUUAUAGAGGAUUUUUGUAUUUGCUGUCAUGAUGAUUAAAGUUCCAUUUUGAAA